AUGGCUCUACCCAGUCCGGCGCCUACUCUCGAGCAUACUCGUCUAUUAUGGACGCGGGCAGAUGCGACAAACGUCUGUCUACCUCAAUCCCUCCUUUCCAUCGUACCCGAAUGUGCAGUCGCUUGCAUUCAAAACUUCGCAAGCGCAAAUUAUCCAGGAAGCACAUGCUCCGCCAUCUCUGAUAUCAACUUCCUGUGCACGCAGGAGAACCGUUCAGGUCUUACAAUCGGAGAGGGAUCUCUGCAGUGUGUGGUAUCUUUCUGUACAGGGCAAGAACUGGUGAACACAAAAGUGUACAAUAUCUGUGAUGGUGUAGCAGGUGCUCAGCCAGAAACUGCCCGGACCAUAACAGCGACAAUCAUCGGAUCUUCCCCGACAUCAUCCACAAUGAAUAACCUACCGGCAACGAUCGGUAAUCCAACCUCUUCUCAGGUGAUUAGCACUAUUGUCAUGGCGACCGAUACUCCUCCUUCUACGACACCAUUUUCACCUUCUUCGCUACCAUCUCCUUCCGCAUCUUUGACAGCGAUGACUUCUGCGAGCACCAGUGCGGUCAGCAGCCCUCAAGGAACCACUGGCGCUGUUGGUCUGCGGGGGCAUUCAGCCUCCGAGGGUGGUCUGAGGACUACUCAAGUUGUUGGCAUCGCGAUCGCCGGGGCUGCAACGGUCCUUAUCGUACUGGCGCUGCUUAUGCUCGCCUUUUGUAUACGCAAAAGGCGCCGCGAGCGACGCCGUAGCCAACGGCGUUCUCGGCUUGUGGAGCCCACUCCACCUCCGAACUAUCAAAGCCCUCCAAAGAGCAGUCCGCCAACAUUUGGCAACAUCAACUCUUCGCUUACCGUCUCAAGUCCUCAAGGCCGUUUUUAUUCUUCCCCACAGCCGAUGGAAGAGAAACGCAGAAGUUUCUGGCGAAGAAGCAUAAGACCUGAAGAAAUAGGCGUAGCCAUUUCACCCAAGAUCCCUGGUGAAAGCUCUCCUGUGAGCAUUUCUUCUCAGCAGAGUGGAUCACGCCUUUUAUCAUCCGCUCCUGCUAAAGCGUUAUGGCCGGCGCCACUUGACAUCGAAGCAAGCCGGGAACGACAGAGAGCGUCUCAAAGGCCAAUGAGCGAUGCCACUGAUUUCGACGACGAGCCACAGACCAGAUUUGCUGACUCAGAACCAGUCUAUGUCGACAAUCAGCCAUUCGUUCUAGAGAAGCCGCCUCCAGCGAGGAGACAGCGAGCAACUCCAACCCCCCUCAGGUUACCUGCUGUGCCAGAGGAUUCGCCUGGACGCGCUUCUAAACCAGCGCGGAUCCCUCUGACACCCACUUACGACAACGGAAAUAUCAGCAUUAUUCCACCGCAGCGGAUCUUCGGUUCUCCGCUUUCCUCUGGUGCAAAUAGAGAAGAGCCGCUGCAAACGGCAAGUCAAUUCUCAUUUCCGGUAGCCGAGCACAAACUGGCUCCGUCUUCGGCCUACGCUAGCAGGAAUGUCCUGCGAAAGAAACCUCCUACUCGACUCCCUCUUCGAGCAUUCGAUUUCCAACCUGUUGAGGCUCUAACACAGCCGCGCAAUCCGCCACCUCCGCCUAUGCCAAAUACAGCUCCACGACUUGAACGUGGCAAUUCAGUCACCUCCAUUUACACCGAAAUUGAAGAAGACACCCCGCCGGGAGAGACUAAUAAACAGUUGGAGCUUGAAGCAAUCGUACGGACACCGACAGUCUUUUCGAAAGACGUCCAUCGCGUGCUUCCAGGGGAGAGUAGUCCCAUCAAGGACUUGCGAUACCCUCAAAUUCCUCGGUCCGCAGCGAUGUCACGGCAAGCAGAAAUUCCGGCACAAUUUCAAGAAAGUCUCACUGUUGCACCCACAAAUGCAGCCAGCCGAGCCUCGAGGGACCAACUUGUACGGGCAGAAGCGAGCUUCAUGCAGACAGAUACGACAUCCUCUGAUGGGUACUUGUCAGAUGAGACCAUUGAAUGGCCACAGCCUCCACUGUAUGAGACCGGUUCGAGUAGAGGCACAAGGAUACCUCAGGACACCCUGAAGUCAAACGUGGCCAAGCUCAGAAGCACCCCUACCGGUUCGAACAGGGGACUACCUUCUUCAAUGUUCAGUCCGUCUUUGGGUGAGGUGUUGAACUCAAGUUCACAGAGCGUCAAAGCCUCAGGGCCACAAAGAUCCCCCUCUUCCAAAGCGCGAUUGACACCCAACAAGUCAAGCAGGGGCGACCUCUACCUGACGGUUGAAAUCUAA